UCGAUAUCUUUUAGUUUGGAAAGCAAUAAUUUUGAACGAUGAAAUAUAUUGGAGGCUAGUUUGAAAUGUCGGUACUUGGAUAAGUGCCUUAUCAUUGUUGAUAGAAAGGUGUUUAUAACAAAGUAGGAUACGUUUUUUUUUGGUAUCGUACUGCUAAAGAUAAUGUUUUAGAUCAAACUGAAUCCACUUAAUACCCUUUUAAAGAUAAGAUUACAUUAUAAGUCCAUUACUUUGCUCUUCUUUUUAUUUCAAGAUGACUGUUCUGGGAGUAUUGAAUCAAAUUAAUGGUCGAGAUAAAACAGCCAGAUUUUUUCAAUACCUUUGCCGAUUAUUGGAUUAUAUUUCUGCUAAAAAUACAGCCUCAGAUAGAUACAAAUUUUUGGAGUAUCAACUUGGAACAUUCAGGAAAUUGUUAAGAUUUGGAAGAUCAUUGGAGAGUUUCUACUUAGCCAGCAAGAAUAUCCAUAAUGAAGAUAUAUUAAAUAGACUGUCUGCAUUAGCUAAAAUUGCUCAUGGUUGUUACCUUUUUUGUGAUCAUUUUUUAUUGAUGAAGAGACUGCAGUUAUUACAAUUAAAUUCCAAUGCAUGGGCUUCUUCUGCCAAUAAAUAUUGGUUAUUAGCUAUUAUAUUAAAUUUAAUACACAAUUAUUAUGAACUAAAACGAGUGUGGCAUGUAUAUAAGAAAAAUAAUAAUGACUCAGUGUCAACAGUAUCACAUGUUAAAUUUAAUUUUACUCUUUACGUUGAUGUAAUUAGAAAUUUAUGCGAUAUUUUCAUCCCGCUUUAUGCAUUGAAUUAUGUACAAGUGAGUUCUGGUUUGAUUGGUAUGUUUGGAAUGCUUUCUUCAAUAGCAGGUUUAAUCAAUUUGAUAACAAAUAAAAAAUAAAAUUGAUGUAAAUAUCACAAUUGUACCUUAGAGGUUUUGGGUGGUAAGCCACUGAUAUAUAAAUAUUUAAAUAAGAUUUUUUUAAUCUUGAACUACUUGGUAAUAUUCAUUUGACUGAAAGUUGUAUACUACUAAUUAUAUUUGUUACCAGAAAUCUUUGGGACUUACUAUCAUUUGUUGAUUGUAGUUGGCUAAAUAUCCAUUUCCUUUGAUUAGUUCAAUAUAUAUUCUUACCAAUCCGUGCCUCUGAGGGGAAAUUGUAUUUAUAUUGUGUUAGAUAAACAUUUAUUUUUUAUAAUUAAUACCAAACUUAAAUUAUUGUUGUUAAUUAUUGAAAGUUAUUAUUAUUGUUACCUUUCAAUGUUAUAUAUACACUUAGUUUUGAUAUAAAAAAUACAUGAAAGUUAUAUAUACUAAUUAGU